AUGAAGCCUUCAAGACUUCAAGAUCAUUUGAAUAAAAUGCAUCCGGAUAAGAAGGACAAAAAUGUAGCCUAUUUUCAAGAUCUGGAAAAGAAGCAUAAUGCUCAGCCAAGUGUAUCAAAACUUUUUUCGAUGGCUGCUAAGCAAGACGAUGACGGACUUCGAGCUUCAUACAAUAUUUCUCUGUUAAUUGCUCAAACAGGUAAACCACACACCAUCGGAGAAACGUUAAUUUUGCCGGCGAUAAAAGAAGUUAUAACUACUGUGCUCCAUAAACCAGCGGCAGAUGUAAUUCGAAAAAUUCCUUUGAGCAAUAGUUCUGUACAAAGACGAAUUGAUGAAAUGGCUGAAAACAUUGAAAAUUCAUUGUGCAAUCAUCUGAAGACUAGUAAAUUUUCAAUUCAGUUGGAUGAGUCCACUUUACCAACUAAUGAAGCAUUGUUGUUGGCGUACGUGAGAUUUAUUAAAGAUGAAGAAAUAUGUCAAGAACUUUUAUUUGCUAGAAAUUUAGAGACUGACACGAAAGGAGAAAACGUAUUUAAAACACUGGAAAAGUUUUGUGAUGAAAAAGGAAUUCCGUUGAAGAAUAUUAUAUCAGCUGCUACAGAUGGUGCUCCAGCUAUGACGGGGUGUCAAAAAGGAUUCAUAUCGUACUCAAAAAAGAAAAUUCCCGAUGUGCAUGCUGUACAUUGCGUUAUACAUCGACAGCAUUUAGUUGCUAGAAAUUUAAGUGAACGACUAUUUCAAUCAUUGCAACAUGUCAUCAGAGCAGUCAAUAAAAUCCGAAACAACUCUUUAAAUGACGGAUUAUUUAAUCAGUUUUGUGUUUAUAAUGAUGAAGAUUUCAACAGAUUGAUCUUUCACACAGAAGUGCGCUGGCUAUCAAAAGGAAAUUGUCUGACUCGUUUUUACAAUCUGUUUGACUCUGUCAUAGAGUUAUUGGAAAACGAAGACACAGAAUUGCGCGAAAACCUUAUCACAUCAAAGAAUGAUAUCGCAUACCUAACAGACCUUUAUACAUUGCUUAAUGAUAUGAAUCUCCAACUUCAAGGCGAUGACUUGAACUUUAUAAAUACAAAAAAUGUCGUCGCUACUUUCGUAGCCAAGCUGCUCUUACACGAAAAGAAUAUCGGCAGACGUGAGUUCCAUAAUUUUCCAAAUUUAUCAGUAUCCUGCAACAACGACGACUUGCUCGUCUACUACCAACAUCUGGAAGAUCUUCACAGUGAUUUCAUUGAAAGAUUCCAGGAAAUUUUGAAAUUGGAAAUACCAGACUGGGUGUUAGAUCCUUUUUCAAAUGUCAACAUAGCAAUAUCACCCCAGUUGGAAGAAGAACUCAUGGAACUGACAACGAACGAGGAAAUAAAAAUCAAAUACAAAAAUGGCUACCAACAAUUUUGGCUACAAAAGUCAAUUCCCCAGUUGUACUCUGGAUUGUGGUCUAUCGUUGAACGAUUUUUGAUAGCAUUCCCAUCGUCAUAUUUGU